CCGGUAUCAACCAUGACCACUUCAAAGACCACAGUAUCACUCCUUUGGAAACAACUACAACACUAUGGAAGGCCAAGAAGUUAAAGCAGAACCUCAGGAUGACUACGACCUUUCGAAACCUCUGACUGCCACGACUGGACUGCGACAAGGCCUCACAUCUUACGGCGAUGCUCACUUCAGUCUGUUUCUACGCAAGGUCUUUAUCAAAGCCGCUGGAUACGGAGAAGAUGCCUUGUCAAGACCUAUCAUCGGAAUCAUCAAUACUCAUAGUGGUUUUAAUCCUUGUCAUGCCAACGUUCCGCAAUUAAUGGAGGCGGUUAAGCGAGGUAUCCAUCUUCAUGGAGGUCUUGCUAUUGACUUUCCUACAAUCAGUGUCCAUGAAUCUUUUGCUUCGCCUACGAGUAUGUAUUUGAGGAACUUGAUGAGCAUGGACACGGAAGAAAUGAUCAAGGCACAGCCAGUGGAUGCAGUCGUGGCGAUAGGAGGGUGUGAUAAGACGGUACCGGCGCAGCUGAUGGGAGGCAUCUCGGCAAACAAACCAGUCUUGCCUCUAGUGACUGGACCGAUGAUGCCGGGAUCUCACAGAGGUACCCGAGUGGGUGCUUGCACAGACUGCAGGAGCAAUUGGGCUGCCUAUAGAGCCGGAGAGAUUGACAUGGAAGAUAUUGCUGCUGUGAACGAUGAGCUUGCACCCACUGGAGGAACUUGUGGUGUCAUGGGUACCGCAAGCACUAUGGCCUGCAUCACAGUCGCGCUCGGAUUGAUGCCUUUUGACGGUGCAUCUGCAGCAGCUGUAUCCUCAGCACGGCUUCGCAUCGCUGAGCAAACAGGAGCCAACGCAGUCGCAGUGGCCGCUGCUAAAAGGCUUCCACAAUCGAUUCUUACGAAGGAGUCUUUUCUAAACGCAAUCACCGUUCUUCAGGCCAUCGGAAGAUCUACCAAUGCUGUUGUACACCUGAUGGCAAUUGUGAACCGUCAUCCCGAUGUUGCCGGAUCCAUCACAUUGGAAACUUUCGAUGAGGUUGGGAGGAAGACGCCACUUCUCGUUGACCUCAAGCCGAGCGGUGACAACUACAUGACCGACUUUCACCACGCCGGUGGUAUGCUUGCUUUGUUGCAUACAAUUAAGCCACUCUUACAUCUGGAAGCCAGGACAAUUAACGGCAAAACUCUCGGGGAAGAGCUCGAGGCGACCCCAUUCAAGCCCUUCAAGUACUCGAGCGAACUGAUCAGACCGCUCUCGAAUCCACUUUACCCAGAAUCCGCUUUGGUGGUCUUGCGUGGAAAUCUCGCACCAAGAGGAGCAGUCUUGAAAGCCGCCGCUUCCAAAAACAGGAGUCUUCUUACUCACACAGGUCGUGCUCUAGUCUUCAAGAACACAGCUGACAUGGCUCUUCGCAUCGAUGAUCCAGACCUACAGGCCACCAAAGACUCCGUACUGGUCCUACAAAGCGUCGGUCCAAUCGGUAACCCAGGCAUGCCAGAAGCAGGCGUGAUACCCAUUCCCCGCAAACUAGGCGCUCAAGGUGUAAAAGAUAUGCUGCGCUUGUCCGAUGGACGCAUGUCUGGCACAGCUGGUGGUACGAUUGUCUUACAUAUAUCUCCAGAAUCCGCAAUACCAGAUUCUGUCUUCGGAUGCGUGGAGGAUGGGGAUUUGAUCGAGUGCGAUAUUGAGAAGAGACUUCUCAGACUGCAUGUAUCGGACGAAGAGCUUGCGCAUCGUAUUGCGAUACGUUCAGCGGCAAAGAAGAAUGAGGACCAUACUACAAAGAAAAUUCGGGGCAAUAAGCGUGGUUAUCGGGGACUGUAUGAGCGAUGUGUGAAUCAAGCCGAGGAGGGUGCUGAUUUUGACUUUCUCACUGCGGCAGGCCCGAACUAGGAGCGAAGAAUACCAUCAGUAUUGCGCGAACGAGACAUUGAUUGUCGAUUCAGACCAGCCAAU